AGCGCGCGCGCGGGCCGACGGAGGGUUGGCGAGAGUUGGCGGUAAUAUAGUGGCGCACGGGGCGGCAGAUAGAUGUGCACGAGAUCGGUUUGCGAGAGGCGCGAGAGGUGGAGAUCCGUGGACGGUGAUGACCUAUGGACGAUGCGCGAGGAUCGUUGAAUCGACGACGUCGGGCGCCGAACCGGUUCCUCCCUGGUCCCCGGCCUGCGGCGAUCGAUCUCGCGAAUCGGCGGGGCGAAAUCACGGGGAGAGACUCUCGCCCUCGCGCGAGGACCGCACGCGGCGGCCGAGGAGACGCGGCGAGGAAGCGGGCGAGGGUGGAGGGAGGCGAGAGCAUUUUCAGAAGUAAUCGUCCGGAAUCGUGCGGAUAAUAAUGUUCCUGCGCGUCGACCACCGGCUGCAGCUGCUGCGCUUCGGGCUACUGUUUCUGUUGUGGAUAGGCUCGAGUCGUCAACAGGAGGAGGACAUACCUCACAAUGAAGUGAAAAACUGGGCCUUAAAGUUCGGCGUGGAUCUAUGGGAGUUUGGUAAACAAGUUACCAAAAUGAGCGAGGUACAAAGGAAAUAUUACGAAGUGGAGGCCAGCGUCGUAAAAAGGGAUGGUCUCGUCCUCGUUCGGGAGAUGGCCAUGGAAGUGAAAAACAUGAUGGACUUUAAAAUGAAUGCCGUGAUGGUACGCACAACAUAUAUUCCAUUUUUCGCUUUUAGCGCAUGAUUUCGAUCUUAAGUUAUUUGUCGGAUCAGAGAGAUGUGCUCAUUAUAUAAUACUCGUUAUAUAAUAAUGUGAUGCAACAAUCGGCAAGAGGCAUUGUUUCCCCGUGAGAUUCGUGUAGAACCAUUUUAUCCUAAACAACGCGUAUGAUCUAAAAGACGUUUUUUAGACAUGCGUGCUGUAUGGGGUAUUUCCCUAUUUGAUCUGAAUUUCAUGCACGAAAUUAUCUCUUACUCGUAAGUAAAAUUCACACGAGACGAGAUAAAAGUACGUCUAGCGGUAAACACGUCCCACGCUAAAUCUUUUAUAAACAUUUAUUACACGUAACUGUGUUGCUGGGCAAUUUUGCUUCUAAAUGUCGAGAUAAUUGUGCAUGAUUUAUCCUCUAAAUUGAGAUUAUCAAUUUUUGGGCAAAUAGCAUUUACAAAUUUUCUUUCUACAAAACCGCUGCGUUUCGGCGAAUCACCACAAUGCAAUCAUUGUAAAAUUUCUUCCUUUUGGAUGAUGCAAUGAUUAUUAUUUGAGAAAUUUUCCUAUCGGGCUAAAUAAAUUCUCUUUGUGGAAAGACGCGAGAGAGAAAUCGGCAAGAAUAGAAAAUCAAACUGAAAAGAACAUCACACUAAAAUACGAAAAUUCGACAAAUGGUGACUUCUUAACACACUUUCAACAGAAAUUGAUCCGUUUAUUUUGAGAAUCUAUAUUAAGAACAAAUUUUGGCUCAACUUCCGAAUAGCCCCAACCUCCGAAUUUGCUGAAACUUGCUGCGAUUGUAGACCAUUAGAUAAUAUGUUCACACCGUAAAGGGGUUUUUUUGCGGAAACAAACAGGAACGAAGAAAUUAAAAAAAGAUAUGUUCGUAAAAAUUUCGUUAAGGUCAAUUCAAAUGGCCUUGAUCUUGUCAUAUGUUGUUAAGGUUAUUAUGCUGAGUAUUUUUUUCAUUUGAUUAUUUAUUUCACAAUUUCUUGAGUUAUCAACUCUUACGCCUUAUGCCCGUACAGCACAGAUGGUUACAUUGCAGAAACGUUGCAAUCUUGCAGAUUGCAGUGCAAUC